AUGAUGCGUGGUUUUAAGCAGAAGUUAAUAAAGAAAACUACAGGAUCAUCCUCGUCUAAUCAGAAGAAGAAGGAAAAAGAGACCAACAAAAAGCCUAGCACUUCCAAUGCGAGUCCUGCAACUAAUACGAGUUUAAAUAGUGGGUCUAGGUCGUCAUUUGAGAAGAAGGAAGGGAAGGCAGGGUUACACAGUUCGCCUGACACUAAACAAUCAAAGACUAAAGAGUCUGGGAAGGCAUUAUUAUCGCCUUCGGUGUCGAGUACAUCAUCUCAGUCAGUAUCUAAGGGUAAAACUUCUAUUAUGGGUUCGUCUGGGGGUCCUGUUGAUUCUUCAGGUAAUGCAAAAGAAGAAUCCAGCAAAUCAUAUCCAACCUUAAUUGCCGCAGCGGUUUCUCCCGGUAGCUCUACGGCCAUUGCACCACCGCAUUCACCUAAGGAGUCUUUGUUAGCGCAAGACACUACUCAGUCACCGAAUGGAGUCGAUAUUCCAAGGUCUUCACAUUCUUUUGAGCGGCUUCCAACGCCUACAAAGUUGAAUCCAGACACAGAUCUAGAGUUGAUUAAGACCCCGCAGCGCCAUUCCUCUUCGCGGUUUGAGCCUUCACGGUAUACCCAAAUCAACAAGUUACCGGGAUUUGAUGAUGUCUCACCUGAAGAGCAGAUCCCAUUAUUUAUAGCCAAGGUUGAUCAAUGCAAUAUUAUGUUUGACUUUAGCGAUCCAAGUUUUGAUAUACAUGGAAAGGAGAUCAAAAGGGUAACUUUACAGGAAUUAAUCGAAUUCAUAGUCACAAACCGAUUCACAUACACUGAAGAAAUGUAUGCUCACGUCGUUAAUAUGUUCAGAAUAAAUUUGUUCAGACCCAUUCCACCACCGGUGAAUCCGAUUGGAGACGUAUAUGAUCCAGAUGAAGAUGAACCUGUAAAUGAACUGGCCUGGCCGCAUAUGCAAUGUGUUUACGAAUUCUUCCUAAGGUUUGUUGAAUCCCCAGAUUUUAAUCAUCAGAUUGCAAAGCAGUAUAUUGACCAGGAAUUUAUUUUAAAGCUAUUGGAGUUAUUUGACAGCGAGGAUAUUAGAGAAAGAGACUGUCUUAAAACUACCUUACAUAGAAUUUAUGGGAAAUUCUUAUCUUUAAGGUCCUUCAUCCGGCGGUCAAUUAAUAAUAUCUUUUUACAAUUUGUUUAUGAGACGGAGCGCUUUAAUGGAAUUGCAGAACUAUUAGAAAUCUUGGGUUCCAUUAUUAACGGCUUUGCAUUACCAUUAAAAGAAGAACAUAAAGUGUUCCUGGUACGUAUUUUGAUACCGUUGCAUAAGGUUCGCUGCCUAUCAUUAUACCAUCCUCAAUUGGCAUACUGUAUUGUUCAAUUUUUAGAAAAAGAGCCAAUGUUGACUGAAGAAGUUGUUAUGGGCUUGCUACGUUACUGGCCAAAAAUAAAUUCUACUAAAGAGAUUAUGUUCUUAAACGAGAUCGAAGAUAUUUUUGAAGUUAUCGAACCACUGGAAUUUAUUAAGGUAGAAGUUCCGCUUUUCGUUCAAUUGGCCAAAUGUAUAUCUUCUCCACAUUUUCAAGUUGCUGAAAAGGUACUAAGUUACUGGAACAACGAGUACUUUUUAAAUUUAUGCAUCGAGAACGCAGAAGUAAUUCUACCGAUUAUCUUCCCAGCACUAUACGAAUUGACUUCUCAACUAGACUUGGAAUCUCAAACAGAUGAAGACGGGAACCCCACACAGGAUCCAUAUAUGCUAGUCGAACAAGCAAUUAAUUCUGGAUCAUGGAAUCGUGCCAUCCAUGCAAUGGCAUUCAAGGCGUUAAAAAUAUUCUUGGAGACAAACCCGGUGCUAUAUGAAAAUUGUAAUUCUUUAUACCUAUCUAGUGUGAAAGAAUCACAAAGACGUCGGGAAAGAAGAGAAGAAAGCUGGAACAAAUUGCAAGAUUAUGUUAAAAAUUUAAAUAUCAGUGGCGUAGAUAAUAAUGUUUCGCUUACUGGAAUUGGAGGGAAUGAAAUUCAUUAA